CUAUCCUGUGUUGCCCAUUACCUGGCGGAGCAUCGAGACCUCUACGAGCGCCUCCACACCGACAAGGAGGAGCACGAUAGAGUCAAGGCGCACCAAGCUCAUGGAGGCGUGGAUGGCCGAGAAAGUUCCAAGUCUUGGCGGCCUGGCCUGGAAGCGGUUUCCUUUACCGAAAAGGGUCGAUGCCACAAGCAAGCGCUUUCAGCCCCUAAACGAACUUACUUCGGCAACAUGAAGCAACAAUAG